AUGGGGACAGCCACCGGAGCGGGGCAUUCCGCCGGGGUGACCUGGUGGUCCAUGAUGAACGGUGCCCUCUACGACGACAGUCCACCGCCGGUUCAAACUACAGCCUCGACUCUCGUAUCGCUCCAACAACAGCAGAGCUCGACUGGAGGUUCUCAUCAACAACAACAACAACAACAACAACAACAACAACAACAACAAUCGCAACAGCAGCAAGCAACGACACCGACCUCCCCGGGUGCCCCAGCAUCAUCAGGCACGACCGCACCAUCGGCACCGUCAGCAAGCGCCAGCUCGACCUCGCCGAGCGCCUCCUCGGUCGCGAGCAACAGCGCGGCUGGACCACUCCAUAUACCUGCGAAAAGGCUUACGGCUACCCCAGGCGGGGCAAGCGGAACCGGCUCGAGCUACGGCGAGGUAUCCUGUGUCGAGGCAUCGUCGGUUGGAGCGGCUGGCGCCGCGGCAUCGGGCGUGAUACGACACUCGCACUCGUCCUCGGCGGGCUCGCAAGGCGGUUGGAGUUACAGUCCUCAUCAGCCUCAGGACACGCAUUACUCCUCCGCGACGAGCGACUCGUUAAAUCAUCAUCAAACGUACGGGGCUAACAACGCCCCGACGUAUUACAAUCUGGCGGCCGAUCCGACCUCGACGUCCGGUUCCACGAGGGACAACCGGAAAGCUGGGCCUGCGGUGACCUUUUGGUCGCCUGCAACCGCGACCGUGGCCUCGGCAGCUACCACGCCGGACUACAAGCCGUACAAUUCUGCAGGGGCUGCUACCGCGAGCGGAUCAUCCAGCGGUGCGGCCGGUGGUUCCUCCUCGGCCACUGCAGCGGCCACGGGACCACCCGAUCCUGCCGUAUCCUCUUGCCACCAGAGUAGUUUUGGGCAGAGCUGGUGCAACUACGCGCCCUACACGACUGCGAGGCAUCAUCAUCCAGUCGACACAGCGGCUCAUCAUCAUCCACACUCGCAGCCGACUGUUCCAUAUCUAACACCCUCUGCGGUCGACGAUCGAGGCAGAGUUGCAGCCGCGAUGGUCGCAGCGGAAGGAGCCUUUCCUCACGAUGGCUAUGGUGGACUGAGGAACUAUGGGGCACCCGAACCCGUCACUUCCAGUCCCUAUCCACCCCCAGUGAUGUGGGGUUCCUCCCCAUCUUCGUUUUUUCCAGCAGGUUCCCUGGCAGGAGUCGGCGUGGGCGUCGGCGUAGGUGUUGGUUGCGGUGGUUCGACGCCUUUAGACUGGACGGGUCCAAUGACGGUUCGAAAGAAGCGCAAGCCGUAUUCAAAGUAUCAGACCCUGGAGUUAGAGAAAGAGUUUUUAUACAACGCGUACGUCUCGAAGCAGAAACGAUGGGAACUCGCGAGGACAUUGAAUUUGACCGAGAGGCAGGUGAAGAUAUGGUUCCAAAAUCGACGUAUGAAGAAUAAGAAGAAUACGCAGCGCCAGACUCAACAACAGCAGAAUAACAAUAAUAACAACAAUAACAAUAACAAUAGCGCAAACAAUGCGAACCACCACGGUGGAGGAGGUGCGACCGGUGGUCACCAUCAUCCAGGUGCCGGUCAUGCGGCGCCCUCGAGUCAUCACGUGGUCGCGCAGGCGCACCAUGCAAACGGUUCUACGAAGCAUCACCAUCAGUGACCCGUGGCCUUCUCUGGGGUCGUCUUCGGCCACUACCCUCAUGGUUCCUCGUCUAGCGCUGGGUCAACAACAGCGGCAACGAUUGGCAACGGAGCC